CAAUGGAUACUCCAUGUCCCACGAACAUUCGAGAUUUUUUGUCAUUCCUUCCUGCCCGACCUUCACUGCAUCCAGAUGCGAGAUAUUCGACUUCAACUGAGGCUUAUUAUGCCGGAGACGUCGCCCCUCCACAGGAAUGUCCUAUCUGCUGCCGACCGUACCCUGAACUGCUCCCAAAGCUGAAGAAUUUCCUCCAUGAAUUGGUCGAUAGCCUCGGUAUUGGUGGCGUCUCUUGUCAGUCAAUGCAGCAGGACCUGGAACGUAUGAGUCUCAAGUCUUUCCUGACCGAGACCGAUGUCAGCUUGUAUGGCGCUAACGCCAUUGCAGCGAUACAGCCUAUUGUUCGGGCCAUCACCGAGGCUUCUGGGAUCCCGGGUCGCAUCAAUGUGCUCUAUGAGCCUGCCCGGGGUGGCAUCGUUGAUUCCCAGCGAGGCGACUUCAACAUUACUGUGGAGCGAAAGUGGCUCGAGGACGGACAUGUUCGGCGGCAGCGCAUCCUAGUUUGUUCUGACGAGGAUAAAGCAUAUUCGGUAUUGCUCUCAAAGGCGGAGGCGCUCAGUCGGCCAUUCAGACUUGAUGCCACCAAGGAGCAAACUGGUGCCAAGGCCAUGGCAGUGAAACUGGCGCUGCAGAUGACUACUGUAGGAGCAGACUAUGGAUUCUUCUUCGGUGGAUUCAUCGCGAUUGCUGCGCAGCUCGUACGCUCCGUAGAUCCCUCUCAUCCAGGAACCAUUCUACUCCUUUCGCCGGUUUUCAAACUUCAAAACGAGACUCUCCCAGACCCCUAUCCAAGUAAACCGCUCACCCCGUUUCAGGCUAACAUACCAACCGAGCCGUUCUUUGCGAUAAUCGUCGCCAUGCUAUGCGUCAAUAUGCUUCCAGAGUACAGCAUAGAGGGUCCACCUCGUGAUCUCUCCCUGCCUUUGACAAUACCUGAUGCAGGCGAGGAGGACGAUGCUAGAGGUGUCGGUGACGAUGAAGAAAACAUCAUUGUCAGCGGGGAAACUGGUAUACCUACCUUUGAUCUGCAAGUCGCUACUAAUGCUAUGAUAUUGCACCAUCCUUGGUUGAGUUGUAGUGACAUACACCGUAUUUCCGUCACUGGCCUUCAGAAUAUCCCAGCAGCAAACAACUCCAUUGCCUUGACGAAAUACAUAUCGCUAUCCCCGUUGCAGCCACGAUGCUUACUUCGUGCUCCUCACAUUCCUUCAACGAACAUUGACGUGGUGACUCUCAUAGAAAGGAUUUCGGCUAGUCGAUGGAGCAUCGUAUGGAGGUGCCGUGUCCAAGGUGGCGACGACAAGUCGCGCAUCAUGAAGCUUGUGGCGCGAGUUCACUCUGCCAUGAUUUUGCGUGAGCUCUACAUGUACGAAGUAGCGCUCAAGGACUCCUGCUACCUCAUCCCUGCGUGUUACGGAGUGUUCCAAAGACCUGCCGGUGGCUGGUUUGGUUUCUUACUCGAAGAUGUCGGGGACAGCCUUGAGGAAGUCUAUGGCAUGGAUUGGAGUGACGUAAAGAGGGGCAUGAGUGCGACGGAAUGGCAAAAAUUUAUCGAUUCGGUGAUGGAGCUACACUCUUUAGGUGUUAUACAUGGUGAUCUUGAACCACGGAACGUGGCGCGGACCGCGGACGGUUUCAAGUUCUUUGAUUUCGGACGGUCGAAAUUGCACCGUUGUCAGCGGGAUGAGUGUGGUGAAUUGCAAGAUUUGUUGGAGAUAUAGAUUUUGGUGUGAGUGCCCCGAGGAAUGUGCACACCCACCUCCGUAGAUAUUCGAUGUGCCAGGAAGCUUUGUAUCAGGUACUUGGUGAUAAAUCAUUGGAUCAUAUUUCUGCAAAGAAAUAUGCGCGUAACACUGU